CAUCAGUAGUUGCGAUGGAUCCCGCGCUUGUCUCCCUUACUCUUAGGACACUUGUUUGCUUCCAAAAGUACAGAGAAUAUAAAAAGACCAAGAAAAGUAGAAAGAGACUAUGGAUGAAACCAUGGCUACAGAAAAAAGACAGAAGUGUGUAUCACAAGUUAAUUGCAGAAACACGAGUGGAUGAUGGCAGUGUGUUUUAUGAUUUCCAUAGAAUGAACAGGCAAAAUUUUGAUGUUUUGUUAAAUUUGGUGGCACCCCUCAUCCAGAAAGAAACCACACAGUUAAGGGACACUAUAUCUGCACCAGAACGACUCUCUCUGACUUUGCGUUAUUUAGCCACAGGUGAAACUCGUCGCUCUCUAGGAUUCCAGUAUAGGAUAAGCCAUAGUUUGAUCACCUACAUAAUACCAGAAGUUUGCAGUGCAAUAUAUUCCGUCUUAAAGGAUAUGUAUCUGAAACUUCCAUCAACAUCAGAGGAAUGGAAGCAAGUGACAAGCGACUUUUAUAACAGCUGGAAUUUUCCAAUGUGUAUUGGAGCUAUGGAUGGAAAACGCUUUUUUAUGAGGAAACCAGAAAAUACAGGAUCAGAGUAUUAUGAUUACAAGAGUCGCCAUAGUAUGAUCAUGUUAGCUCUUGUUGAUGCACAUUAUAAAUUCAUGUAUGUUGAUGUAGGAGCUCAGGGACGCUCAAGUGAUGCAAGUGUUUGGGAUCGUUGUAAAUUAAGAGAAUACCUAGAAAAAGAAAAGCUACAAGUUCCACCACCUGAUACUUUGCCAUUUUCAGAUCAGAAAGUUCCAUACGUAAUUGUUGGAGAUGAUGCAUUCCCCCUCAAAAAUUAUCUGAUGAAACCUUAUCCUGGCCAGAACUUAAGUGUCGAACAAAGGAUAUACAAUUACAGACUAUCAAGAGCUCGUCGUAUUUCUGAAAAUGCCUUUGGUAUCCUUGUUGCCAAAUUUAGAGUGUUUGAAAAACCUAUUCACUCAAGUCCGGCAAACACUAGGAAAAUCAUAUUUGCAACAGUUGUUCUCCAUAAUUUCUUGAGAAAUAAUUCAAGGCAGCUGAAAAAUGAAAAUAUUGGUAAUGGUUUAGAAAACCAUGGACUUCAAAGCCUGGAUAAUGUUGGAAGAAGACCUGCUAAGAAUGCCUUGGCAACAAGAGAUAUUUUUAAGGACUACUUCAAUGGUAGAGGUCGUGUGAGAUGGCAAGAAGAUGCAGCACUCUUGAAUUAAACAAGUUGGCACUGAUGAUUUGAUGAUUAUCAUUAUCAAGUAAUAAAAUCACAUAUUGUGUUUCUUUUAAUGUACAGUAGAAUAAGUUUCAUGUUUCAUCUAG